UUGCUAUUGUUCCCAUUACCAAAUCUGUUCCUAUCUCUCAGGUUUGGGAGGAGGUUGGUGCUCAGAUGGUGUUACCUUCAGCUCGCCACUGCUGACACCUGUGCAGCCUUUGCUCCUACCUUCCUCAUCUAUUGCUUACUACGCUUCUUGGCUGGGAUUUCUGUCCGGACCAUCAUGGCAAAUAGUGUUACCCUCACCAUGGAAUGGACAGUGCCCCGAUUCCAAGCCACGGUAGCAACACUUACAACUGGUAUGUCUUCUAUCGCACAGAUAAUUCUGGGAGGAUUGGCUUUUGCCAUUCGUGACUGGCACACUCUCCAGCUGGCGGUUUCUGUACCAUUAUUUGCCGUCUUUCUGCUCUCAAGGUGGCUGGCAGAGUCUGCUCGGUGGCUGAUUAUCAACAACGAACCCAACAAGGGCUUAAAGGAACUUAGAAAAGCUGCACACAGGAAUGGAAUAAAGAAUUCUGAGGACAUCCUAACCAUGGAGGUUUUGAGAUCCACCAUGAAGGAGGAGCUGAAGGCAGCACAGAAAAAACCUUCUCUGUGUGACUUGUUCUACACACCCAACCUGUGUAAAAGGAUCUGUAUCCUGUCCUUUUUGAGAUUUGCAAUCUUUAUGCCCUUUUUUGGCAUUAACCUCCACCUCCAGCACUUGGGGACCAACAUUUUCCUGUUCCAGGGUCUCUUUGGAGUAGUUACUCUCCUAACCAAUUUUGUUGCAUUUUGGGCACUGAAUCACAUGGGCCGUCGAGUAAGCCAAACGCUUUUCAUGUUCCUGUUAGGAAUCUGCAUUCUGACCGUCACAUUUGUGCCUCAAGAAAUGCAGACCCUGCGUGUAGCUUUGUCAACUUUUGGAGUAGGAGUUUCUAGUGCAGCAGUCAUCAGUUCUGUCACCCAUGAAAAUGAACUAAUCCCCACUGCAAUCAGGUCACGAGCUGCAGGGAUCACUGGAAUUGCUGGUAAUAUUGGGGCAGCCCUGGCUCCCCUCUUGAUGAUGCUGACGGUGUACUCUCCACACCUGCCCUGGGUCAUCUAUGGAGCCUUCUCCAUCCUGGCUGCCCUUGUUGUUCUCCUCCUUCCUGAGACCAGGAAUCAGCCUCUGCCUGACACUUUCCAAGAUGUGGAAAAUGAGAAGAAAAGCUCAAGAAAAGCAAAGCAGGAAGACACCUUCAUCAAAGUGACACAGUUUUAA